ACCAAGAUAAUUUUUGACCUUCUGAUUAUUACAAAAUUUAGAAAAAAUUUUAAGGAACAGCUAAUUUUUACUCGAUCUCAAAUUUUCAUGAUUUCUUAUUUCGUUUAUGCAAAGCAUGUUUUUAUUCAGCAGUGAAAAUCAAUUUAAGUGUUAGAGUGAUGUAUUGAACAACAGUUAUGCCGGCUCAAAAAAAUACAGCUGCCAAGGGUGAUUAUGUGUACUCUGAUGAAUCCUUCGAUGAAGACUCAUACAAUUCCGACAAUGAUGCUAGAAAAGCAGGAAGAGGCAAGAAAAGAAAAAACUCCCAGCUAAGCAUUCUACCGUCCCAAUUCAAAGAUGAGGCCAUCCAGCAGUGGUGUCACGAGCAAAUUACGAAGCGAAAGAACCUGCAGAAUAAACUGGGAGAAACGACGAAGCGAAUGGAAGACCUGCUGGAAGAAAACAAAGACCUCAGGAAGCAAGUGAGAUUGAGUGAGAAGAGUCUGCAGAGGAUAGAAAAAGACCAGAAGAAUGUGCCCUUUAUGCUACGUGAGCAUUCGGCCGAUAUUCGUCGUCUCCGUCGCAAUGUGGAAGAUGAGCAGAAAAAUAAGGAUGAUUUAGAACGGAGGAACAAGAAGAUGUCAGAGGAGUUGAUUCGGAUGCGGGACGAGAACAGAGACUUGAAGAGAGUUAUCAACGACAAAGACCUCAACAAGAAACAGCUGGACAUGAAGAUGCUAGAUGAAGCAGAAUCCAAACUGGAGGAGGCCGAGAAGAAGAACGAAGAGAAUGAGCGGCUGAUAGAGUUGCAGCAGAAGAACCACAAGUCCGAGUCCAGCAGACUCAACCAGAGGAUCCGGGCACUCCAGAUGGAGAAGGAAGACAUGGAGAAGGCCAUUCAGGACCUAGACCAGAAGCUACAAGAAAAAGACAAGGAGCUUUCGAUCCACUACAUUUAUGCUCAGAGAUUGACCAAGCCACCUUCUAGACUAUUGAACACUCCCCCCAAGGCCCUUCAUGUGAACAAACAGACCAUGACAGAGCCAGACAUUGCACAGCAGAAACUGGCUGACGAAAACCUUCUACUGCAGCAAGAGGUGAAGCAUUUAAGAAGUCAGUUGCAGUCCUAUGGGGCCACUCAAGAACACAUGGACCAGGAGAGACUGAAACUGGAACAGGAACAGAGGGAGAGGGGGGACAGGGAGCGGGAGUUCAAACAGCAGAUGGAACAGGCCAGACAGGAGGCGGAGGAGGAGUCUAGGAAAAGGCGUGAACAGAUAGAGCUGGAGGCGGAGAGGGAGAAGCGGGAGCGGGAGGAGGAGGAUGCGAGGAGGAGGAAAGAGGAGAGUGAGAGGACGGAGAGGGAGAGGAUCGACUGGGAGAUCACCCAGCGCAAGAAGAUCGAAGAGGGAAAGAAGAGGCGGCAAGAGCAACGGGAACAACAGCAUCAGCCCCAGGAGGAGGAGGAGGGGGAGGAGGAUUGGUUUCUCAAGCUAAUCACAAAGAAAGAGCAGCCCAACUCGCCCAACAACAACAACAGCUGCAACCACACUGCCACGGCAACAACAAACAGCACUCUCCUCUCACCUGUAACAGGUGCCAGCGACGGGAAGCAGCGGCUGCGACACUCACAGGAACUGCCGUCCAAAAACAACAACAACAGCAGCAGCAGAGCUCUAGUGGGGUCUCGAAAGAGCCCCAUCCCCCCUCUGGAGGACAAGUACAUCCCCCUAAACAGCACCACAGCAACAACAGUCACCAAUCGGAGACACUCGUCCGAGGCCUCGGACACACAGACCCGCGAAGAGGUGCUGAGACAACAACAAAGCGAGCUGGAAAGGGAAGAAAAGGAGAAGAAACUGCAGCUAAUCCAGCGACUGAAGAACAUUGAGAACAGUCAGCCCUCCUCCUCCCCCAACGACAAGACCCCAAUCACCCCCUUUGCCUCAACCCCCCUCAAUCGCCCCUACAAUCAAGCACCAGUGACCCCCUACUCGAGACAAAACUCAAAAACAGGGGGUGUUGUUUCUAAUUACAAAUUCAUGUACUCGGAAAAUGUAGACAAUAGUUCGAAAAACACAAACACUUCGGGCAAACUCGACUUUAAACGAGACGACACCGAAGCUCAACUGAACGCCAUUCUCGGGGGAACUCGCGAAAGGAGAAAACAAGUGCAAAAGCAAGACCAAGUGAGCUCAAAUUUCAACUCCGAAGGUCAAAUAAGUUUAUUCAAUGGGAAAUCUAGCCGUUCAACUAGCAGAAUUCACAAUCGCCAGACUCCUAAUCAUUAUGACCGCGAGCGCAGCGAUAAAUCUCUGAUGUCAGUGCCUGAUAUUUCGAAAUUGGAACUCAAAACACGUUCGGCCAAUCGAUACGAUACAGAUAUUGAGGAACUUUUGCUCUAGGUAGUAAAGCUAAAGUGCAGAUAAACUGUUUUUGAUGCUUUCCAUUCAAAAACCUUUCUGUUAAAUUUGAAAAUUUUAAUUUGGAAUUGUAUCAAAUUAUAAAAACUUGCUCGUGACUUCUGCUAUAAUCUGAAAAGGGAAAAUAGAAAAACUCGAAAGCAUCAAUUAUAUAUAUAUAUAAAAAAAAACAAAUUCCAGUCAUUAUGCCAAAUGUUGAACAUAUGUAAAAUCUUAAAAUAUGUACAAGUUAUCAAAAGCUA